GUCGCCGUCGCCGUCGCCGUCGCCGUCGCCGUCGCCGUCGUCGUCGUCGCCGUCGCCGUCGCCGCCGUUCUCCUCUUCCCGAUGAUGCCGUGUCCUGGGACUCGGACUCUGUGCGGCGAGCAGGAGGACGUUAUCGUCAUCGCCACCGCCAGCAGGACGAAGGACAUGCCGUCGGUGUGAGGAUCACUCCUCGCUCCUGGCGGCAGUGACCAUGGCGCCUGUCCUGCUGUGUAAACAGUGUUCCGAAGGACACGACCCUUUUCCUGGGCCGACGUCGCCGCUGUGCCCUUGCUGACGAGUGGACUGAACAUCCGGUUUCAAGCAUACCGAGAUCAAGACCCCCGCGGGGAGAGAUCAGGAACGUUUCGUUAAAACGGGAAGAGAAACAAAAGAGAGAACGAAAGAGAACAAAAAGAGUAACGGGAGACUCGCCGUAAAUUAUUGUGACUCUGUAGUGAUAAACACGUGAUCGAUCCGCACGAUCCCUUCCUCACGUGGCGAGCACAUCGAAGUCGAGAAAAGUGAUCGGUUGCGAUGGUGUCGCGUAAAGUGAUGUUCGUUCGCGUCGCGAAUCCCGACGAGGACAGAGGAAGCCGAGCGUCUUGGUGUUCGCUGCAGUCGACGCACACCCACAGUAGACUGAGGUGUAUCAUCCUACACUCCAAAAGACAUAUCGCUUAUCCACCAUAAGGGGUCAAAGGUGAUGGCACGUUACACGCGCCCUCGACGAAGAAUGGCGAACACGACCGACUCAUCCGCGACAACCGGCGACAGCCUUCUCUCGUCCUCGACGACGGCGCCGUUCACCGCCCCGUCGACAUCGGCGAGCUACUCGAGCGAGGGCUACACCUUCAACUACAGCGGUCUGCCCAGCCUCGGCGGCUACUCGCUGGACGACCUCAACUACACGGAAUUGUGGGUAGACGUCUGGAACGGCACCGAGGUCAACAACGUCACCGAGAGACUGAAUACGACGGUACUCAUACCGGACGGCUACUGCGACGAGUGGGAGGCCGCGCAGCACAAGCUCUUCCAGGCGGCGAAUAUAUUUUUUGCGUUUGCAUUUCUGGUGCCGCGCUGGUUCAAGAUUUCCAUCUUGGCUCUUCGCACAUGUCUCACGGUGGGCUUCAUGCUGGCGGCUCUUUGGGCCGGGAUCACUAUAUGCGCCCUGGACGCCAUGCUGUGGUGCUUGACCCUCGGUCUGCUUAACGGCAUACAUUCGCUGAUACUAGCCUGCCGAUUCUUGCCGCCUGCUCUCAGCCCCGAGCUAGCCGAGCUGUAUAUGAAGCUCUUUAAGCCGUAUAAGGUCAGCAAGAAGCACUUCCAGGAGCUGGCGAAGGAAGCGAGGAUAUACAAGCUGGAUCCCGGACAGACUUAUGCGACGGAAGGAGUCACGGCGGCAGAUGAGAGGCUGUCUAUCCUUUUACGUGGGAGACUGAAGGUAACUUGCGACGGGACCCACUUGCACUAUAUCAGAGCUUACCAAUUCGUCGACUCACCCGAAUGGGAGGCCAUGCACGAAAACAUCGACGACGUCUUCCAGGUGACGAUACGGGCCGAGGAAUACAGCACGUACAUCUGUUGGACGAGGCUCAAGUUGCAAAGGGUGCUCCGGCACAGGCCUCUGCUCAAGGUUCUCCUCAACACCCUCAUCGGUAAGGACAUUACGUCCAAGUUGUACGCCCUUAACGAGCAGCUCGCUGGUGUUGCGACCGCCGGUGAGAACGCCACGUCGCAUCCUUACAGGGGAGUCUCGAGAAGCAUCAGCGUCGACGCUGUUAACACCGAAGUCGCCGGAAGGGUUCGAUCGACGACCUGGAAGGCGCAGAGGCGGUACAGCAACUCGCGUAGCGACAGGAAUAUCCCGUCCCGGUACUCGAAUCAGUACUGGGCGCCGGUGGUGGCGAAUCACUUCCCGUCGACCUCGCCGUUCAUUCAGGGCCGGGAUCUCGUCGGCUACUCGUUACUGCCGCAGGGUGUCCAAUUCUCGCCACCUCCGCGAGCACCCUUGCUGUCCCAUCCUCCGUUGGCGCGGCAGCGAAGCGGGGGUGCUGGUGGCGACUACACCCUGCUACCUCAGACACCGAAGCUCGAGAGGAAGCGAUCGAAAAAAGCGGCCCGAGAGGUGACUUUCGAGACUCCGGUAUGACGCUCACUCGACGGGGAAGGCCCUGCCAGCGUGCCUCUACUCUCACUAUCGCCGCAGCGCUCUGCCUAGCCCCGUCGUGGUCUCGUCAUUCUGAUGCACGCGGCAAAACUCACCCUGUGAACUUCGAUGCGAUAUCAACGAAUGGCCUACUCUGUCGAACGCGAUCGAAUGGCAGCGAGGUAUCUCGUGUAGCGAGACAAACAUCCCUCUCGCGGGGUGUCGCGAUCACCGCGGGAGCGCCGGACGAAACGAGAGGCGAAGUCGUCGUAGGGUGCAGUUUCGAUGUGUGCGAUUGAUUUUUCAUAUCCUGCAAGUGCCACGCCUUACACACAGACACGCACGCCCGUGUGAAAUCGAACGCGAUGGCGAUCGUGAGAAAUCGAUCCCGACGUCCAUCGACCGUAGGGGCAUCCGUCGGAGUUCCGGAGCCGGACCGAAAGGAGAGCCGAGUUUUCGGGAAGAACCGAACGAAUCGUUCUCAUGACUCAACAGUGAGAAGUGGAAAUUACGAGAUAAAGUAGACGGGAGGCCGCGAACGAGAAAGACUAAAUAUAAAUAUAUUGCAUACACAGAGAGAACGAUUUUGUUGAAU